CACUUGUGUACAGUCCUUGUUAUAGGUUGAUAUCGUUUCCGCUUUAAGUUUCUGUUUAGGAAAAUUAUCUCGCAAAGGCUAUUAAUGAUGAAUAAAAACUGUAUGAUUAAGAAAAUGCUAUCAAAACGACAGAUUUAUUAAUCAGUCAAUAUAGAAAAGCCAAAUGCUGAACAAAUUUUCGUCACAGUUGGUUAAAAAUAACUAUGAUUUAAGAUUAUCAUUCAGACACCAGGAUGAUACAUAUGAUCUGAAGUACAAACUUAUCAAAAUGUACGAACUUCUGUCUAGAAAACCUGCUAUAUGUCAAUAAAAAUCAGUAAAUGUGCUGUAUGUAAGAAUUUUCAUUGAUUCUUUCGGUUUUAACAACAAUGUAUAAACAAACUGCGUGCUAUAAAGUUCAGCAAGUAGAAAUGACUUUGAGUUGCUCGGUCUAACCAAUCAGCAGAUGUUUCUGUGUUGUGGUUGAAGAUUCCUUGCACGGUAAUUUAAAUGGCAUUAAUAUUUAAACAAGAUCAGAAGAGCUGAAAAUAGUUCAACUUUUUAAGCAUUCUAAUGGCGAGCACAUAAAAAUGAAUUCUCGUUUUUUCAAGAUAUUUGAUGAUAAAGAUAGAAAUUAUUUAUAAUUUUAUGGUGUUAAGACGUCUUCCUGAAGCAGGCAAAUGUCAUUACAGCAAUCUAGGGUGUACAAACUGCUUGUAAUUAGUUGAGCUCAUGGUCAGAUGGUUCUUAACAGAUGGUGGAUUACACAAAAGUCAGUAUCUUUGGGAAAGUUUGUCAGAGGAACCAGGCUUUAUUUUGGACGCCAUUGCAACGUUGCAAGGACGAGUACCAAAGGCAAAAUUGAGCUUGCUCUACCGAAAUGAUGUUGAAGUGAUUUUCAAAAAGUGGUUUAUCAGCAGAAAAUCUGUUUAUCAGCCAAAGCAAAAUUGAAGACCUGAGUGAAUAUCUCAUCUCAUCUAGAAAUGGAGGAAAAGGGGAAGAAAAAGCGUUCUGCAUCCACCAGGAAGCGUGAGCGAAAAGAAAAAAUACGGCGCCAAAAGACGGUCUGGCAGCGAUUGGUUGACAGUGAGAAACAUACUGCAUUGAUCUUAUGCUACUGUGGCAUUUUCAUGCUCUACGGAAUGACAGAUGAGCUAAUAGGCCCAACGUUGAUAGAACUCAGCUGCCUCGUUAUGAAGCCAUUGAAGACAAUGAGCUGGCUCUUUUUCUCUCACGACCUUGGACUUUUAUUUGGUACUUUAAUUGGUGGAUUCCUUGCUGCAAGGGUUGACACAAAUCUCAUCAUAUCGAUAUGUCUUGUCAGCAAUGCAAUGUGCAUCACCUUCAUACCUACAAUGCACGAUUUUGCUACAAUGGUUAUACUUGUCUUGGGAUAUGGUCUCUCACUUGGUAUACCAGAUUGUUUAACAAAUGUCAUGCUUGUCAAGAUUUUUGGUCGUGAGGUUGCACCAUUUCUUCAAGGGGUUCAUUUCUUUUAUGGCUUUGGAGCUUUCGUAAGCCCACUGGUGGCUAGGCCAUUCCUCAGGCCUGGCUGCACGUUCAACUUGAACACGACUCAUUACGUCAUCGACCAGAAUUCAACUAUGAACACGUCGUUCGAUAACUCUAGUGGGUUUUGGUAUUACAAUACAGUCGAAGAGAUUGCUGACAUGACAAGUGAUAUCUGCUAUGCCUAUUGGGUGAUUUCUGUCAGUCACAUACCAGUCAUUUUUGGGAUUUCUUGGUUGUAUUUUCGAAAAAGGCUGGAAAAGAAGCAAGGAAUGUAUACUGGAUCCAUCGAUAACCUGGGAGAAUGCUUCGACAAUGUCACUGCGGAGGAGCCUGUCCCCUCUUCAUUGGACAUGAUUUUGUACGACCCUGAAGCAACAGUGCUGGAGAAAAUACGCAAAAACGAGAAGAGGAGGCUUAUGGCUGUGACGUCACUGUGUUCAGUGUUAAUCUACCUCUAUGAGGGAAUGAUGGCCAUGUUUGGAGGCUACGCAUACACGUAUGCUGUCAAAGGAGACGUAGCUAUGUCAUCAGAUCAGGCUGCCUAUCUGACGUCAUUCUAUUGGGGUUUCUUCUCCAUCGGGCGUUUCAUUUGCAUACCCAUAGCUUUCUUUCUGGCAUCAAAGACGAUGCUAUCUGCAAAUGUUAUUGGAUGUUUCUUGUCCGCAUUUAUAUUGGUUGCUGGACACUCAAAUUUUUAUGCGGUAUGGAUAGGGUCUUGUGGCUUGGGAUUCUUCUUAAGUAGUGCUGGACCGACAAUUAUUUCCAUGGCCAAAGAGUAUGUCGACCUAUCGACUCAAAGCACAAGCACACUUGUUGUGAUGGCAGCUCUCGGCGAACUUACGAUGCCGGUCAUAGUUGGCCAGCUUUUUGAGAAGCUCGGUGCUGGUGUUGUCCCUGCAACUGUCUUCCUCAUCUGCCUCUUCGGAUUCGUAAUAUUUUGUUUUGUGCUGACAUUAGACAAUGACGUGGCAUAUGAGCAUGCCAAUAGUUUCCUGCAGAUUGUGCUUAAGAGCCUCCUGACAUGCAGAAACAAUAAAUACAGAGGCUACACGAGUAUGGAAACAUCGUCUGAGAUGUCAUCAAGUAGCGAAUCCAUUUCAGUUUGUGAAGAAGAAGUUCUUGUGAAGCCAGAUGUUCUUACUGACCCUGUGCAGCCAGAGAAAGAAAAAAUUGACAAGAAGGGCGAAGUAAUUGACAAAAAAUAGCAUGUUUAAGACUUAAUAUGAUAAAUUGUAGAUUUGAGAUAAUAUUGCUUGCAUACAUGAUUUGAAAUUAACUCUAAGGCAUACAUUUUCAUUGAUCUUUAUAAUGUCGUUUAGAAGCGGAAGCAUCAUUAACUUGGCAAUAAAGGAGAAAUGCACAGUAACAAUGAUCACUUCAGAGGCAAGCAGCUCGCACCAACUCAAAAGUGGGGGCCCAAAGUGGGGGCUGGGGGCUGGGGGCUUGCCCCUGAAAAC